AUGAGCAACCACCAAGCCAAACACAAUGCGCAGCCCCCAUACAGCCUGCCUCUAGCGGUCAACCUCGCUGGGGCAUUCUGUCUCGCUGUUCUGAUUGCGCUGGGCGUCUACAUCCAGCAGGUGCCAUAUGUGGUCGGCGGCAAGUCGUCUCCUGGAUUCUCCGUCAUCCACACCGACGUCAACAGCUGGAACGUGGGGUGCACCGUCCUGGGCACUGCCGUCGGCCUGCUUCUCGCUUGGGGCUUCUCGAGCUACGAUGAGCUGCUGUCGCGCAGGGAGCUGGAGAGCCCCCACGGCAUCCUGGCCAUGUACUUGCGUCCCCUGACCGCCAAGCGCGGGUGGCAGCAGCUCCGACGACGACGGUUUCCCGCGACGAGGACGUUCUUCAUCCUCGCGACCAUCGUUUCGUCCUUGACCAGCGCCGCGACGGUUGCCGUGUUUGGCAUCCAUACGCAGCAGGUCACCGUAACGAAUCCGUCGGCGUCAUACUCCUUGGCCCAGCUUCCUACCGGGGGCGCGGUGCGCAAUGCCGAUCGCUCCGUCAACUUCGUCACCACGUCUGCAGAGGUUACGCUCCUCAGUAGCUUUCUAUAUCGAGACGCGUACAUUCGUGCGUCGCAAGCGAACGGGCGGCUCUGGAACGUCGGGCCGGGUAACUACCUGACGGAGUCGGGCGCUAUCGGCAGCACAAACUAUCCAGGACUCAACACAUCUGGCAUCGGCUUGAACAUGUCGUCGUAUAUCCAAUACUCGGGUCCUUCCGAUGGAUAUAAUCUGCCCACCUCGUACACCUUUGACCGAAUGGACGCCGCCGUCUUUGGCACCAUUGUCGACGUGACAUGCAACAACGCCACGGCAUCCUGGAGCAUCAAGUCAACCAAAUACGGCAACGAGAGCAAUCCCCAGAUCGUCUCAUUCGACUAUAGCAAGGCAAGCUUUGGUGGAGCCACUGUAAUUUACGACAGGAGCAGCACGACUCCGUUCAACAUUGGCUCCUACGUCAACGACAACAACGGCGACCCCAUCCACGGCUUCUUCUUCGCGGGAAACGUCAUGGGCCCGCCCUUUGUGCUCGAGUGCACGUACGGCGGCCACGAGAUCUUAGCAACAGUAAGCCUCGAGGACAGCCUCUCGCCUCUUCGGGUCAACGGCACAGUGACGCAAGGGUCUCCCCUGAGCUCGACCGUGAAGCAGCAGCUCGCCAAAAUCAUCGACCAGUACAUGACGAUCCACGGCCACGGCGGCCCAGGCGGCAGCCUCGCAGACGGCUGGGUCGCGGCCCAGUACGACGAUUACUCAACCCAAGUCGGCACAAUCGAAAAGACAAUGGCGCAGGUGCUGGGCGAGCUGGGCGAGGCGUACUACAGCCUGCUGAGGCAAAACGUCGAAAACGCCAAUCUGGUCCGCGACAGGGCGACUCUGAUGCCCGACAACGGGAGCUACGUCAAGAUGGUGGUUUCGGUGCUGCGCGUGGGCGGCUCGUCUCCCGCCUGGUUCAUCAUCUACGGGCUGCUCUUCGUCGCGGCCAUGCUCGGCACCGUCUUGGCCGCUAUACAGAGACGUGCUUUGCCGUGGGCGCCGCAGGACCCCGUGGAGCUUUUGCAGAAGGUGCUUCCUGCGGCGGUUAUUGAUGAGCUUACGCCGCUGCGGUAUGGAGGGCAGCUCGAGGUUGUCCAUGGCCACAUGGCUGGGAAUACAGAACAUGGAGCGACGGGGCCGUACGGGGUGAAAGAAAACCAUCAAGUGUAUCAGCAACAGCGAGCGUUUCAGUAA